AUGGCCCUGGCAAGAGCCACGCUGAAGAGAUGGAUAUUUCUAAUCUAUUAUAUUGGACAUGAUGAGAAUCGUGUCCUUAUCUCAGUGCUCAUUAAGGUUGUUCACGGGCUUAUGAUGUUCGCUGUGAUCAAGAUCGGAGUGGAGCAUCAUGCAAUCAAAACCCGCUACUUUCAGGUCGUAUACACGUCUUGGCCUGGAAACCAGGUCCACACGAGUGCCUUCUUAUUACAAAGAAGAACUUGGUCACGCAGUAUUCCAAAUAUGGAUCUCAUCUUGGGCGACCCUUUCAACAUGCCGGCCAGUUGAUGCGCAUCUUGUCCCAGCCUGGUCUCGGGAGGUUUGAUCAGCUUGCGGUAGAAAGAUUUAACCUCGUCCUCACCAACAACCACUUCCUUCUCGCGAAUCUUUUCCAAGAAAGUGGGGAUCAAACGUCCUCUAUUAGUUGCA